AUGAGAUCCAUUGAUGCGAUGAUCAAAACCAUUGAGGAGUCGGAAGAAUCAGAAGAGAGCAGUGAAGGCGGAAACGAUCGCAAACGGAUCCGCUUUGACCCCAAUGUCAGUCAAAUUAAGACCAAUUUCAUCCCCGGAAGCGCUUUCCGACACAAGAGUCAACUCUCGUCCAAAAGCGAUGUCUGCGUCCGAAAGCGGAACCACUCGUUGGCGUCGAGUCAGCCAUCGGUGGACGAAGACUACGACUCAGACGCGACGGUAAUCGACGAGACGUUCGCUGAGACCGUCGAUGACUGGCGUAACGGACCGGCGAAGUACUGGUACGACAGGUUAGGUCUGCCGGCGGACUGUCUUGAGUACGACUACGGCCUCAAAGUGAUGGCCGACAGAGAGUCGAGCCAUACGUCGCGCCCAUCGGUCGACUCGGAGGACGCGUUUAAUUUGGUUUCGCAGACGGAAUGGGAGAGUGAAGUGAUUUGGGACUCGGAUGUGGUCGCACAGCAGGUCAUGAAACGCGCCAAAGAGUUGGAGACCAGCGCCGGUUGGCUGCCCAUCGGCUCCACCCGUUCCGCUCCAGACUUUGUCAAACAGAUCGAGUGUCCGAUCGUUGGCGGCGUUGCCGACGAUAUUGACGACAAUUGUGGUAAAAACAACUCAAAGACUGCGACCAAUAGUGUGACCAAAAACUUAAGGAAAAGGAAAGCAAAUGUUUUGACUAAUAAUAACAGCAAUAAUAAUAAGAUCGAAACGAAGAGUCUAUUGGAGACGAAGACACCAGCGCUGCAGAGGAAGAGACCGAAGCGAUGGGUCUCGACGUUAGCCGAAGAGAACAGAGAGUUGAUUGUGAAUGUAUGGGAGGAUCAGAUCAUUUGGGACACAGAAGCCAUGCGUACGAAACUCGAGCCAAAGAUAGUGCCCUUUAAUGGCGACGAUCACAACGUUAUCAUCGCAUUGAGUGAGUGCACCGAUGAGGACACCAACGACUCACAGAUGACUGAUCUGUUCAAUCAGUCGACGGAUUUGUUCAAUAUAUCCAACGAUGAGUUCUACGCCUCGAAGGUUAAGGCGGACAACAACGCCACCCACGACCUCAUCAUUAAGCACUCGAUUCCGGCCUUAAAUCUGCACCCAAUGCUGUUCCCCACCUGUCCUCUAGACAUAGACCGACCGCUACUGAAGAGGUCAAAGCUAUUGCGGUCAGGAGUUCCACACGACGUCCUUUUCUGUAGUAACACUCGAAUCAAAGUCAAUGAGAAUCUGUCCGAAGACGCGAAUCAAAUGGCAAAGGAUUUGAGUAAAUAUACGAUUAACACGAUCUCAGAGCUGACGGCACGUAAUGGAGAGGUUGUGGUUAUGGAGUACUCCGAAGAGGAGCCGCCAUUCCUCAUGAGAGUGGGAAUGGGAUCUAAAAUCAUGAAUUACUUCAAAACUACAAAAGAGAAGAACUCUUUGCCAUUAGAAGAAUAUUCAGAGCUGAGAAUUGUGUCAACGGAUUCGCCAUUUAUUGGCGAAAUAGAUUCGGGCAAAAGUCAGUUGGCGUUAGAGAAUAAUAUGUUUCGGUCACCCAUUUUUAGACAUUCCUGUCCUGAGACAGACUUCUUGAUCAUAAGAACUGAUGACAAUUACUACGUUCGGGAAGUGAACGGUCUGUUCACUGUUGGCCAACAGUUGCCACUCAUGAAAGUACCGAAUCCAAAGUCUACUAAUCUUCAGACCGGACAAUAUUACCCAUUCAUCCGGCAGUUCGCAGAGAUGUUUAUUCAGCGGUUCUUUGACGGAAGAAAAUCUGUUAAGAGUUUAGACAUAGAGUUAACGAAAGCGUUCAAAAAUUUAAGCCGAAAUUUUAUCGACAAAACAAUCAAUAGAUUUACAAAUCGAUGCUCAGAUCGUUUUCAAUUGAAAAGUUUAAUACCGUUUGACAUCCAAAACAGGAAUCUGUUAUCCCCUGAGAACUGUUGCUCGUAUUAUACGGCCGCCACCGCCGCCCAUAAUCUUAAGCAAAGGGGUUUCGGUGACCGCCUAUACCUUAAUCGUGAUAAGAAAAGUGUGGAUCCAUUGGAUGAGUUGGCGAUCGCGCCCUGGAAUACAACCGAAGCCUAUAUCGGAUCAAUCAAUCAGAAGAAAUAUUUGACAGUUUGCGAGUACAACGAAGACGGCUCUCUCCUCUUUGUCAAUCAGUCCUUCAAAGAUAUUCGAGAUCAAAUGCCAACUUUCAGGAAGUGUUUCCCAAUGUCUGAGCGAUCGCUCAAACUAUUAACACUGAAAAGAGCUCACGAAUGGCUAACUAACUAUGGUUUGGCCACUGAAAGGGUGAAGAAACUGAAGAAUGUCUCGGAAUGCGGUUCAAUGAUUAAGAAACUGUCCGAUAAAUUGCGAGCCAUAGGCGUGAGGCAAGGGAUGACCAAAACAGCGUCCGCUGAACAGCACUAUAAGAUAGAGUGUCAGAAAGUAUUUGAUUUACACACCAGUUAUUACUCUUCCAACGAUACGUACAGUACGGAUGAGGAGGAAGAUGAAGACGAAGAGGAGGACGACAGUGACUCUGAGUUCGAGGACAUGGGCCGAGACUUAGAGGCAAUACUGUUGGGCGAGAAGACUAUCGACGAGAUAGAGCACGAGCGCGAAGAACAGAUCCGCAAAGAUCUCAUGAAGAGUCUAAAGGAGGGCAAAGAUCUGAAGGACAAGAAGAGCGACACC